UGUUACUUCGAUGAGGGACUUGCAGUUACUUGGAUGCCAUUCAUCACGCAUCUCUAUAAGCUAUAAUUGCUUCACGCCGCCAAGCGUACGCAUCGCGGCGUAUGGAUGCGUCCGAGUAAUCAUUUAAUCGCAAACAUGGAUGGACCUCGGCACUGACAUCCCUCCGUCUCAGUGCUCAUCGCGACCAGACAGCGUGCGAUGAUUGCUUCACAUUGACGAACAAUACUUUUCACAUAGACGCCGCAACUCAGAGCAGAUUGAGAAGAAUUAGCCAGUCCAGUCGAGGCCCUUCUUAAAGCCUGUAUAUCUCGAAUCGUCACCUGCCAACCCCGUAACCAUGCCGAUGGAAAAGUACAAGUACAUGAGCAAUGUGUGGAAGGAUGGCAUCUUUGACAAUAAAGUCGUCUUCUGUACUGGUGGUGCGGGCAGCAUAUGUUCGGCCCAGGUCCGCGCCAUGGUGCACCUAGGCGCCAACGCCGCAAUCAUCGGUCGCAGUGUCGAGAAGACGGAGAAGAUGGCCAGGGAUAUUGAGACUGCACGGAAAGGCUCGAGAGUGCUUGGCCUGGGAGGCGUGGAUGUCAGAGAUCCCGAGGCGCUUGCGAAAGCCGCGGAGAGGACUGCGAAGGAGCUGGGUAGCAUUGACUUUGUGAUUGCUGGCGCGGCAGGAAACUUUCUUGCUACGAUAGAUCAGCUGUCGCCGAAUGCGAUGAAGUCCGUCAUCGAUAUCGAUGUCCUGGGCAGCUACAACACCGUCAAAGCCACGCUCCCCUACCUGGUUGAGUCCGCGAAGAAGCACAAAACCGACGGUAGGGCUCCUCAUCCCCACGGCACUGGAGGCCGCAUCAUCUUUGUCAGCGCUACUCUGCACUACUCCGGCACGGCCCUGCAAACGCAUGCCUCUGUCGCCAAGGCCGGUAUCGAUGCCAUGUCCGUGGCUGUUGCAAUCGAGCAGGGCCCCAAAGGUAUUACUUCGAAUGUAAUUGCCCCCGGUCCGAUCCGGGAUACGGAGGGGAUUGCUCGUCUUGCGAAGGGAGAGAGCGAGACGGCGAAGGCGAUUCCUUCGGGGAGGUAUGGAACUGUCAAGGAGAUUGCUGAUGCUACCAUUUACCUCUUCUCGGAUGCGGGUAACUAUGUCAAUGGAGAUAUCAUUGUUGUGGAUGGCGGACAUUGGCACACUUCGGGUGUUAAGAACGGCCCCUUCCAAUAUCCUGAUUUCCUGCUCUCCGGUGAAGCCGUCACUGGCGUCAAGGGUUUGAAGACGAAGAAGUCGAAGUUAUAGGGGAGUGUGUAGUAGCAUUAUAGCGAGUUUCUCUAUUCACUUUUCUCAAAGAGUUUUCUAUGCAAUGCAGAUAUAUGGCUGGUGUUCACAUGAAUUCAGAUAUCCUGCACACGUUAUGCACAUACGAUGAAGGGAUGCGCAUCCAAGCUGCAUUUGCAUUGGCCAUUCCUCCAGCGAUUACAGCAUGUCACGGUGUAUCCUGGCCUCAAUAU